AUGCAGACUGCAUCGUCCGGCUUUCCCUUGGAAAUGUGUUUGGAGGAAUCGACAGAAGCCAAGUUUCCAAAACUCGUUGAGCAUCUCAAGACUCAAAUUCAACAAUGUUCGUUAUAUCUGGAUCUCACACUUGAUUCAAAACGAUUUCUCCAAGAGCGCACUGUGCUAUCGGCCGCACCACCUAUCAACCCUUUUUGCAAUACCACUAGUCCCCAUCACGUCCCGCCCGUCUCGCAAAUACCCGAGUAUGAAGCCUGGAUUAAACCGGGUGGGCCACCGAUGCUUCACAUCUACGGCACUGGGAGCCUACACGAAGUAGGUGAGCUGCUCUUUAUUGCUAGAAAGGGACGCGCUCAGGACCAGAACCUACCGUCUCACAAGAGGGAGCUAGUUCUGUACUUCUCCUUUGAGCGGUGGGAUUCUCGCCGUAACUCUGUUUCUGCCAUGGUGUCCACAAUCCUAGCCCAAAUCGUCGGUUUUGAACUUCCGACCUGGAAAACCUUGGGGGGCUUGAUUGACUGGCAGUGCUGCGAGCAUGGCUGGAUUGAAAGCGACCUAUUGCAUUGGCUCUUUCGAUUCGGUACCACAUCGAAACAUGGAAGCAUUGUCCUCAUCUUGAAUCAUUUCGACCACUGUGCGGAAGAAUCACAGCUAGCUUUUUUCGAGUGGCUUUCACGUCUUUCACUAACCGUGAAUGGUCCGUGGAGGGUGGCGAUUACUUCCUACGCGGCUUGUACGGCGCUGAACCAACUUCCUGCAGGAUCGUAUACGAGCCUAGAUAUUGAUCAAUACGCCAAACUUUCCCCUCGAGUUCCAGAUUUGCAGGCUGACAUUCACCGUCUUGUCACUUACCGACCAGACCUUCUCCUUGACGAAGACAGUAUUUCACCUUUCACUCAAACCGUCAAGAACCUAGCGCCUAGCCUGAGACAUCUGGCUCUUACACAGACGCAAACUUGCACAGAACAGUCAGGCACAACUUAUGCUGCAAUUGAAACCGUUACUGCUGUUCUGGACCAAUUGUUUCACUGCGUCGCAAACCAAGAGUUGCUCAGACGAUUUUUGGUUCUUAUGCUGUAUGCAAAACGGCCGUUGUCUAUCUGGGAGUUGGACAACGCUCUGAGAGUUGGGGUCGAGGAUGAUAAAGGCCCUACGCUUUGUUCUGGCCUACCUGAGCAUCCCUUUCUCCGUGAUGUGAGCACCUUGCUCACAGGUAUCAUCAAGAUGGACAACAUGGAAGUCUGUAUAGAUCACCGCCUUAGAGGCGUCUUGAUGGCCAGAAACUCACCUGGUGAUUCUUUACCUCAUACGUCACAGCACGUUUGGGAUGAUUUAUGGCGGACGGCUCAUCACGAAAUGACCAACACCUGUCUUGAAUAUCUGUUGGACUCAAAGAACAAGCCGACCAUCGAGAACAUAAUUCAGGCAGGGGGAAAACGCGGAAUGCUCAUUGCGCAAGAUCACACAAGCUUCUGCUCCUAUGCGCUACACGAGUGGCCUUACCAUUUUGCCCAGUCUUCCAUUGCACAGCAGGCGGUCGUCAUCGAGCGAUUUCUCAAAACGCAUCGUAAUCUCGAAACACAACUAGCAUCCGGGAACUGGGCGCUAUCCAACGCGAUAACAAGAAUUGAGCCGCCACCAACAACUUAUUUCCCUAUCUUCACUGGUCUCGGCUUGCUUGAUGUGUGGGAACCUCGUAAUUCCGAGGACACUGCCCGGGGAAUUAUCGAAGCAGCAAUGAGAGGCCAGGAGAAGAUUGUGAAGACUCUUCUUGAAUCUCUCCAUGAUGAUCCACCGUUCCUGGAUGUUCUUGUUGCAGCGGCGAGCUCAGGGAAUGAAUCACUCCUGCUACACUUGACCAAGCACAUCAAAGCGAACAGUAAAGAUCCAACCAAGAUUGUUUGGCCACCUGUUCUGUUACACAGGGCAUCACGGCUUAAUCUUGUCACUUUUGCACAGGAGCUCCUCGACCUUGGCUGUUCGCCGGCUGUCGAGUUCCCAGACUCCGAACAUCUAUCCUUGACGCCUUUAGCCUACGCAAUACGCAACGACCAUAAUGAAACCAUCCGAGUCAUGGUAAAAUAUCCAUCGCUGACCACGGUUAAGAUAUGGGACGAGAUGACGAUGCUCCAUUACGCUGCGAUGUGGGACAAUGAAGAGGCCAUUACGCUCUUAGUCAACGAGGCGAAACUUGACAUUGAAGCCAAAGACUGUGACGGCUGCACUUCCCUCUUUAUCGCUGCUUAUAAUGGACCCCGAGCGGUUAAGAGACUACUCGAGCUAGGAGCAGAUCCUAUGAUGGGCAUAUCGCCAUCCGACAAGUUGGAGUGGACACCACUUGCAUACGCCGCGAGUGAAGGAUAUGAAAAAUGCGUCCAGAUACUCUUGGAACAUGGGGCAGACCCAAAUAUGAGCGGCCAAGUGUCGCCGCUGCUAGAGGCAGUUCAAGCUGGACACCUCGAAGCCACCAGUGUUCUCCUCGAUUACGGCGCUGAUCCGGAAAGUUCACUGGUCCAUGCUUGUCUAAUUACAGAUUUUCUUCAGUCCUCAAUCAACAACAAACCCUCCAUUUACGAGUUACUACUACAGAAGGGCCUCAAUGCUAACCGCGCUGAUGACAAUGGAUGGACACCACUGCACCUUGCCGCUUAUUAUCACAAGCCCGCUAUUACCAGGCUGCUACUGGAGCAUGGCGCUGAUCCUGACAAACAAGGUGACAGUGGUGUCACUCCGCUAUACUUUGUUCUUACUGCUAAGGAUAGCACCUCCGCGGGUCUAGAAGUCGUUCGGCUACUAUUGGAGCACAAGGCGAACCCAAAUAUUGCGACCCGGGGAAUGACACCACUUCACAUAGCGGUCAUUUCUCAAUCCAAUCCCGAGUUCGUAUCUCUUCUACUGGAACACAACGCAGAGGUUGACGCAGCAUGCGAGUGGGAUGGCCGUUCUGAGUUGGGAGGGACUGCUGUAUGCUUUGCGGCUUCGGCUAAUAGAAGUGAUCAAAUGAGACUGCUGAUAGAAGCUGGGGCCGACCUUCGACAUCAAGUAGAUGAUGGUCGUUCUCUAAUCCAUCUGUCCGCAGUUAACGACACGCUCCCCACAUUACUCGAAUAUCUCGGCAGGUUCGACAUCAAUGCAACUGAUGAACGAGGACGAACAGCUCUGCACACCGUUGGUUUUAUCAACUUGACCAACAUCAAACGGCUCGUCAAUGUUGGUGCAAAACUCAAUGUUCUUGAUGCAGCUGGCCGUACCCCGCUCAGAGAGGCUGUUGCUUCAAAAGAUAUGGAUAAAGUACUUCUUCUACUCUCAAAAGGAGCCGAUCCCAACCUCUGUGAUGGUCUCUAUGGCCUACCUUUGAGCGUUGCGUCCUUGCACAAUUCAGGUGAACUUUCAGAGCUUCUUCUCAAACACGGAUCACUAGUGGAUGCCGAGGACCUGCUUGGUCGUCGUCCUAUCCACUAUGCUGCAUGGGGCGGUGCAGAUAAUAUUCAGAGACUGCUUGACGCGGGCGGGGAUAUCAACGUGCGUGAUAAACUCGGACGGACACCAUUGCACUGGGCAGCUCAGAGUGGCUGUACAAAAGCGGUUGAGCGUAUCCUUGCGAUUUCGCCUGAUCAGGUAGAUGUUCCUGAUGAAGGCGGCUGGACACCGUUAUGUUCGGCAUGCAUCGGCGGCUCAUUCUUCUUCAGUCUAUCGUGGUUCGGUCGGCCAGAGGUUGAAGGGAAAGACCAGCUAGAGGUCCUGAGAAUCCUCAUUGAUCAUGGUGCCAGCACAUCUACCCAUGUCACCAUCGGAGGCAAAGCCUGCGACCCUUACCAAAUCGCGAAACUCUGCUCAGCACCGGAACCAGUCAUGCGCAUGCUGCAAAGAAGCAGUGAGGACGGAAGCGGCGGCCAGGUUGCUGAUGCAACGACAACUCCGGACAGGAACCAGAGACUCAGGCUCAACUCCGAUGAAGAUUUGCUCUGUGAUGCAUGUGGCUGGGAAAUCAAAGGCCGUAUACACAGUGACCGGACCUUUAACCCCGCAUGGGACUUCUGCUUCAGGUGCUAUCCCAUAGUCAAAACUCUCUUUCCAGCGGACCACCAAUUUGAGGAGGACGACGGGCCCGAACUCGAGGAAAGCAAACUGGAAAGCUCCAGUGAUAGCGACGUCGAAUCAUCGGAGGAAGAGGAAGAGGACGAUGAUGACGAUGAUGAAUGA